GGACGACUGGAUAUGCUUCAUGGCUUCAAGCUCGCACGAGGCUUGCGAGAAAAAGGGCCGAGCGCUUUGCUUUGGGGCCUUGCGUCAUGCUGGGCGUUUGGAGGGUUGAGAGCUUGACAAAGCUUGGCCUCAUGUUGGUGCAUGGGUGUGCUUUCCAGCUUUUGGCUGCCGUGGUGCGCCAGCCUUCCAGUUCCCUUUCCCAUCCUCUUUGAAGCAAAGAUGGCGCUCAAUCUCCUGUACCGCUCCACCUUCAUAGACGUGGAAGAGUACAUUUCCUUUCCAGAGAGCCCCAGGAGGAAGCCCCGACGUGCCAGCAGCGCACCGCCGACUUCCAGCCCCGAGGGCGGAAGCCGUGCGACGAUGCUGUCGGUGGGGGCGCUGGCUGUGCGCGCCCAGCAGCUGCACACCAUGCUGCGUUUGAAGCAGGCCCCGGUGCGGGAGCUGUGGUCCGACGUGGCGGACUCCGACGCCACGGAGGCCAGCAGCCAGACGGCCUCGGAGGAGUGCAAGGAGCCGAAGACGGAGCCCGUGGAGCCCGUGAGCCCGCAGCUGGGGCAAUGGCCCAGUGUCGGCAGCUUGCGGCACCCAGAGAUCUGCCGGCGGCCCUGCAUGUACUUCGUGGCUGGCGCCUGCAGCAACGGCGCCCAGUGUGACUACUGCCACCUGCCCCACGACCAGCGACCCACCCACUUGGACAAGAGGCAGCGCGAGCUUGUGAACGGCUUUUCGGAGCCCCAGCUCAUCGCGCUACUGUUGCGCUACCUGGAGGCCAAGGCGCGCACUCACGGCUUCAUCUCCGAGGCUGCCGAGCUGCUUGCGCUCCUGCGCCACCAGGCGCACUUGGCAGCGGGCCAGCAGCUACCUGAGCCCAAUGUGCCCGGGAAAGCUUGGCCCAAGUUUGACUACAUGAUGCAGAGGAUGACCUUUCAAGCCUUGGUCGGCUGGGCGAUGAAGUCCCGCACCAGCACCCCCGAGUUCAUAGAGCAAGUGACGGACGCAAUGGCCCGUAUGCGCCGCACUCUGCUCGCGUAAGGCUGGUGUUUCCGGACCUGACCAUCAAGUUGUCAGGUUUGCCCUGGCUUGAUGCGGAGCUCAGCCGGGGCAGUUACCACUUUACCACUUGGCUGUGGGUCAAAGAUAUAGGUACC